GCUGUCGGUCCGAGGGCCGCGGCCCGGCUACCUCGCACGCCGCCAAGGCGCAGGGGCUCGGCCGCCGCGGCUGGGCUCGGCCGGGAAGCGGGCGGCGGGGCUAGCUGAGGAGGAGGAGGAAGAGAAGGAGGAGGAGGAGCCGGGUGGGGGCGGCCGCUCGGCUGAGGAGGAAGUUCCGCUCCUGACAGAGCGCGCGGCGGCGCGGGCGCUGUGGUGUUCGGGACGCCGUCGCCCUCGCGGCCUCGGCUGAGGGUCGCCGCUGCUACGCCCGGCGCCGCUGCUUGGAAGCCGCGGAGGCUGAGGAGCGGUGGAGUGGAGGAGGCUCCGGAGGGGGCCGAGUGGAACCGACCUGCUGCAACUCGUCGUCUUCGCCGGGCGCCUACCGGGGCGGGCAACCGCCUCUGAGCAUCGCGCCGGGGCGCGGGCAUGGCAGAACCCACCUUGCAGCUUCUCUGCAGUGUGGCUCGCCCGAUCCACUCUCGGGAAUGAAGAGGAGACUCGCGAUCACCCGGUGAGGCACUGAGAGCCAAAUGGCGAGAAGAUCUGACGGGACAGAAAUCAACGAUCGCUUGGGAGGUCACCCGGGCUUCUGGAUGUAAUCGGAGAGCGUGAAAGAGGUGGCCUCGUAAAUAAUAAUAAUAAUAAAAAAAAGCACAACAACCCUUUGAGAGGAGGAAAAUUGAGUUUAUUCUUUUUUUUUUUUUUUUUGGCCGAGGUUUUGAGAAACGGUUCGAUGUGUUGUACAUUUGAUAUAAGAUGAGAACUUUAUAAAGUAUUCCGUCCAAGAGCCUAAACGAUGACUACCCCAGCGCUGCUGCCCCUCUCUGGUCGUAGGAUACCACCUUUGAACCUGGGGCCGCCCUCCUUCCCACAUCACAGGGCUACCUUGAGACUCUCGGAGAAGUUUAUCCUUCUCCUCAUCCUUAGUGCCUUCAUCACCCUGUGUUUUGGGGCAUUCUUCUUCCUUCCAGACUCUUCAAAACACAAACGCUUUGAUCUGGGCUUAGAAGAUGUGUUAAUUCCUCACGUAGAUGCCGGCAAAGGAGCUAAAAACCCCGGAGUCUUCCUGAUCCAUGGACCCGACGAACACAGACACAGGGAAGAAGAAGAGCGUCUGAGAAAUAAGAUUAGAGCUGAUCAUGAGAAAGCCCUGGAAGAAGCAAAAGAAAAAUUAAGAAAGUCAAGAGAGGAAAUUCGUGCAGAAAUCCAGACAGAGAAAAACAAAGUAGCCCAAGCAAUGAAGACAAAAGAGACCAGGGUCCUGCCUCCUGUCCCUGUCCCACAACGUGUAGGGGUCAGUGGUGGGGAUCCAGAAGACAUGGAGAUCAAGAAGAAAAGAGACAAAAUUAAAGAGAUGAUGAAACAUGCCUGGGAUAAUUACAGAACAUACGGAUGGGGACAUAAUGAACUCAGGCCUAUUGCAAGGAAAGGCCAUUCCACUAACAUCUUUGGAAGCUCACAGAUGGGUGCCACCAUAGUGGAUGCUUUGGAUACCCUUUAUAUCAUGGGGCUUCAUGAUGAAUUCAUGGAUGGGCAAAGAUGGAUUGAAGAAAACCUUGAUUUCAGUGUGAAUUCAGAAGUGUCUGUCUUUGAAGUUAACAUUCGCUUUAUAGGAGGGCUCCUCGCUGCAUAUUACCUGUCAGGAGAGGAAAUAUUCAAGACUAAAGCAGUGCAGUUGGCUGAGAAACUCCUUCCUGCCUUUAACACACCUACUGGGAUUCCCUGGGCAAUGGUGAACCUGAAAAGUGGAGUAGGUCGAAACUGGGGCUGGGCGUCUGCAGGCAGCAGCAUCCUGGCUGAAUUUGGCACCCUGCACAUGGAGUUUGUGCACCUCAGCUACUUGACUGGCGACUUGACUUACUACAAUAAGGUCAUGCACAUUCGGAAACUACUGCAGAAAAUGGAACGCCCAAAUGGUCUUUAUCCAAAUUAUUUAAACCCAAGAACAGGGCGCUGGGGUCAGUAUCACACAUCAGUUGGUGGUCUGGGAGAUAGUUUUUAUGAAUACUUACUGAAAGCGUGGCUGAUGUCAGAUAAAACAGACCAUGAGGCAAGAAGGAUGUAUGACGAUGCUGUUGAGGCUAUAGAAAAACAUCUUAUUAAGAAGUCCCGAGGAGGUCUGGUUUUUAUUGGAGAAUGGAAGAAUGGACACUUGGAAAGGAAGAUGGGGCACUUAGCCUGCUUUGCUGGGGGAAUGUUUGCCCUUGGAGCAGAUGGUUCCAGAAAGGAUAAAGCUGGUCACUAUUUAGAACUAGGGGCAGAAAUUGCACGAACAUGUCAUGAGUCAUAUGACAGAACUGCAUUGAAACUAGGUCCGGAGUCAUUCAAGUUUGAUGGUGCAGUGGAAGCCGUGGCUGUGCGGCAGGCUGAAAAGUAUUACAUCCUUCGUCCAGAAGUAAUUGAAACCUAUUGGUAUCUAUGGCGAUUCACCCACGACCCAAGAUACAGGCAGUGGGGCUGGGAAGCAGCACUGGCUAUUGAGAAGUCGUGCCGGGUCAGCGGUGGGUUUUCUGGUGUCAAGGAUGUAUACGCCCCGACCCCUGUGCAUGACGACGUGCAGCAGAGCUUUUUUCUUGCUGAAACAUUAAAAUACUUGUACCUGCUGUUCUCUGGCGAUGACCUUCUACCUUUAGACCACUGGGUGUUUAACACAGAGGCGCACCCUCUGCCGGUGUUGCGCUUAGCCAACAGCACUCUUUCAGGUAAUCCUGCUGUCCGAUGAGCAUAGCCCCAGAAGGACCGUUCUUACCUGUGUUUUGUUUACAUGGACCACUACAGAGACUGUCUGCAGAGGAGAGGCGGCUGUGGGAAACUGGGACUCUUAUGUCAGUAUGCCAGAUGAAACUCUUCCCUGCAAGACUUUUCACUUGUACAUAUAUCAACUUUGAAAUUAUUCCAUUUUAUACCUGACCAAAACAAGUUCUGGUAUAUGUAGGACAGAGACCUGAUGUGUUUUGAUUCUUACUGAGAUGGCCACAUGAGAAACAAUGUCUUAUUCUAUACUGUCAGUGCAAGUCAAGACCAUAGAGCACCUUACAGGAGCUAGAGAUGGCUUUUUGAACCAGUUAUACAUUUGUUUUCUCCCACAGUGGAGCAGCUCUCAAAUCAAAUAUAAUACAUUGUGUAGCCCCUUUCCUCCAUUUUAACAAUGGAACAAACCGAAUGAACAGGAACAGAGGAAUAUGUAACUACAUUGUAGCAAGAAGACUUGGGAAAGAAACAAACAGAUACUGGCCCUGUCUGAAUUUUCCAGCUCCUCAUCGGAUUGUUACCAGACUGGCAACCAUUUCAUUCCCAACCUAGGCAUUGAAAUCUGUUUAGAUUGAGUUUUUCUCUGAGGGGCAUGAUCUCAUGAAGAAUAUUUUUCAAGUCGUUGUCUCCAUAUGAUAUGCUGAACCUGGUAUUUAUCAUAACUGCUGCUUAUGAGCCGGAGUGUGGGAGUGUGCAUGUAGCUCACGCUAGCAUUGGGAGCAUGGUGGAAGGAGGGAAGGUGCCAGAUUGUUGCCUUGAAACCUGUUUUAGAGAAAUCCUUAAUUAUUCUUCUGAACCAGCAACUGUAUCAAGCAAACAUUUUCUGCUUUAAUCUCAUAACACACUUAAUAGAGUCAUUCACCUUACAACUCCAUGUGGUUCGGCAAAAUUGACUCUACUGUUAUGCAGCUCUGUAUUUGCUAGAACAAACCUAAUCGCUUUUACGACUUACUAAAGCAAAGGCAAAACAUAGCAGUGUCCCUUGAGUAGGGUCAGGUCCUUCACUCAUUACCUCACAUGUGUGAUCUGUUCACAAAGAGUCUAUGUUUUUAAGUUUCUCCAAGAUAUUAUCCAUCCAAAGAAUUACUAGAAUAGCUUCGGAAUAAUUUUCAGUGGCGAAUGUGUGCCGUAAAGAAUCAUACUCACUAAAACUGGCCUGAACCUAAGGGACUUACAGACCUGCACUGGUUAUUUUUGUUGUUGAUAUUACUCUAUAUUUUGGCAGAAAAAAAGGGUAAAUUUUUAUCAAGAACUAUAGUUCUUAUUAUAAGAUAAGAUAAAUAGUAAUGCUUAUAAGUUUUCUGUCCCUUGAAUGUCUGUGACAAUUCAAGACACUUUCUCUUUUAUUUCGUACAUACAUCAUCUGUUGAUGACAAUAAAUUUGAGAACGCUAUAAUAUUUUAUGAAACACUUUACUUAUGAACUCUACUGUGGAUUUCUGAAAACUUAUUUCCUUGGUUGGUAGCUUUUAUUUUUAGCCCUGGUACUAGUUUAUAGCAGAUUUAAACUGUGGAAAAAAUAUAACUGGACAUGUUAUAAGGUGACUGACCAUCUUACAGUGAAAAUCAUUAUCUGAAUCUCAGAGUUGAGCCAGUACUCCAUAAACUUGCCACCUCAAACUUGUUCAGUAUUCAUAAAAGACAACAUGGAGAGAGUGAGUUCUAGCACAUUUCAAAACUAUAUCUUUUCCUACUUGAAAUUUUUAAGCUGUAAAUGAGAGCGGUAGAUGGCUAUUACUUUAGAAAAAAAAGAUGAGGUUUUGGUUCUCAGAAAAAAAGAAAGCGAGCCUUCCUCAAACAGCACAAGCCCACUCCCAAGUCAAAGGAAAGUGAGAAACCGAAGGUGCCAAAGACCAGCGCAGCAAGCAGGGGACACACUCUGUUCACACUCAUGCAGUAAAGGCGCCAUCUUGGUUCCCCGAGAAUGCUCCAAGGAGACAAGAGUCCCCCACUGACCCAGUGCUCUGCAUUGUCCACGUGAUCCUAGAGCAGUAGAGAGAAGGCCCAGGUGUGAGCACGGCAUGUUCACACAAAGAUCUUCAGACUGUCACUUGACCGUCCGCACCCUCCUGAUAAGAACUAGAGCUUGUAACAAUGCUUUUUCCUCUUUGAAUACCAAAGGCGAUUAAAGUCAGGUACAAACGACUUGCCAGUGUCAUGUUUGGUUUUGUUAAUAGAAUUUUUAAAAUAAUUUUUUCCAAAAUCUACCAUUACCCCAUAUUUUGCUUACUUUUUAAGUGUGUGUUUUCCUCCAUCGUUCAUAUACUUGGUGUUUGUAAAACUUAGUACUUGAGAUUCCAUAUCAUUGUGUUUAUAAACCCUGAAGAGAACCCAGAAAUGCUCACUAACUGGUGUCUCUGAAAAGCUGGUACCUCACCUUCAGCUUUGGGCAGAGUCGUACAGAUUAAAUCAUACAUAAAAGUAGGGACUAUUGAACACCUUCUAAUUCCAGAUUUACUGCUCAUUUUAGAAUCACACCUUUUGGUUCAAGCCUGAGUUUUAGAAAUUAAUGAACCAAUAUGAAGCUGGUAAAACUAACAAUGAGCCCUUCACCAAGAAGUCUCACUGCAGAACAGCACGUUCCGAGGUGAAGGUUCUUUCUUCAGGCGGGCUGCACAUUUUGUGCGCCUCUAACACCAGCCUGUCGGUGUCGUCCAGCUGGGGUAUGUGCGCAGGAAAGCCUGGGUGUUAGAGGAACGCAUUCUUUUUGCAGAAUAUUGACUACCUGAUUCCCUAUGAUGUCAUCUUGGGCGCCACGGCUUCCCUUGGCAAGGUUUUAAACAAGCAGUCUGAGGUCAUGAUCCUCAGCUUCUCCUCUUUUUUGCUCUUCAUUACCAAAGUGUUUGUCAGAACUCUGAAUUUGUCGGUAAUGACUGACAGUGAGUCUCCCUUCAGAGGCUGGAGUUCUCUGAGCGAGUGCAUUUGUGAGAGAAUGAGGGAACAAACAGGUACAGAGCAUGUCAUACGUGUCACGCUCCACCUGGCACCACCCCGGCCUUACAGCAUGUCACAUGAUUCCAGUGGCAUCUUCUGUAUGAGAGUGUUCCAUAGCAUUUUAAAUGUUCCCCAAAAUGAAUCAUGUUUCAAAAUUCUUAAUUUUAUAUUUCAUUUAAAUUAAAAAGGGAGAUAAAAGGUUUAUAAUAUAUUUUAAACACUGUUACUAUAUAAUACUAACAACAAAAAUUGUAGUUAAUAACUAAAGACUCUUGAAAAAUGUCAAAGAAAUAUUUGAUUUCUGCUGCAUCUUGACUAAAAUAUUUACUUCAGAAAUAAAAUCAUUUGUAUUUUGUUAUUACUUUAAUUACAUGAUUAAGAUCAAUACUUUAUAGAAGUCUGCGUUACUUUAUAUCUAAAAGGAAAAUUGUCCCUUAAUUCAUGGGUACACCGUACAGUUGUAAAUUGUUUUUUCUCCAGUACACUUCCUAAUAACGGUGGCAUCUGUAUUUCUCGAAUAUAAAGAAAACAUACUAAAAUUUCUCUAACCCAGUUACUAGAGCAUAAUAGAUGUGACUUUAGGUUCCUUCUUUUCUCUGGGCUCUUUAUCCUGGGAUUGGCUGGCUCCUGCCUUGUCUGUUUUUGCCUAGCUGUGUAUAUGUACAGUUAUACACAGAUCUGGACUAUGGUCUACUCACUGAUUGGUAGAUGAUAAUUGCUGUAGGCCGCACAGCCUGUCUGAAGAGUAUUUAAGUCAUCAGCAUCUGACCAGGAGCUGUUUCAAGUCACUCAUUGUAUGUCGUUCAGGGACACUGGAAAGCAUGCCUCUGUUCUUCAGCUCAUCCACACCCCAAUACAAGUAUUCUGUUUGCUCUAUAAAUAGCCAGCAAGCUUUUCUGUUAACAGCCAGAGAGUGUUUUAAGGUCUGUCAGUCAUGUAGCUCUCUUAUUACUCAUUUCUGCUGUUACAGCUAUAAAUAAUAUGCAAAUACAUGAGUGGAACUGUGAUGCAAUACACAUUAAAAAAAAAAGACAGAUGGAGGCCUGGAUUUGCCUCUUACAUCAUAGCUGCUGACCCCAAUCCAGAAUUUAAUUUGUUUAAGACCCUCUAACCUUUAACCUGCAUCUUUUCUCUUUUUUAUUUGCAUAAUUCACUUUAAAGCAGAAAUAUGUAUGUAUGUACACUUGUAUGUAUGUGUCACCUGAAGCUGUAUAUUUUGCUCUCUUGAAAGUAGAUAUAUUUUUUGGGGUCUCUUCAGGUUUUAGGAUAUGAUUGUCAUGAAAGAGGCAGAAUGGGAGGAUAGGCUUUCGGCACCUAUCUCCGUCUUGUUGUUCAAUGUCAUAAUUCCAGAUUGCUCAUGAACAAAUAAUCUGUAUGGCAUCAAAAUACUCCUUUCUAACUUUACCUGCUGACCGACACUUGGACCAAGACCUUGGGAUGUAGGAAAGUACGCACUCUCUUCUCACAGAGCUUUCAGAUGAGAGCAUUAUAGAAUUCCGGAUCUUGGUGCUACAGAAAACAGUCUUUUUGCAAACUGGGGGCAACACAAAAUGGGUUAUGUGCCCAGUUCACCCCUUGGUAUAGCCACUGCUAGUGUGUAGGGUGUUGACUGCUGUCACUCCUAGAGCAGCGUAAGUCUGAGUGAAGGUAUGUCCCCUGAGGCACGCCCCCUUCUCGCUUCAUUUCAUGAUGCUCCACAAUGUCUUCACAAGUAUGUCAGUACGCUUCACUUUGCAAUCAGAGCGUCCUUCAACCUCAGCUUUAUACUUGCACUGUUUAACAGUCAAUCAGCAGCGGCAGGACUCACGAAAGGUAAAAGUCUAUGGUAUCAUAUUACUAGCAUAUGUGUUGUGGUGUGCCAAGCCUGAUGGGCAGUAAGCUUCCUGUGAUGUUUGUCCAGCACUUCACUAUUUUUGGAAAUGAAACCUAUAUUCAGAAUGAUAGGGCAGAGAGAGCUCCUCUCAGCCUUUGUCAUGGCAUACAUAGAUGAACCGCCUUUCCAGGCCCUGCCUACUCAGGUCACUUCUGCUCUGUGUGCACAUGAGCUUCAGUACUCCGGAAACACUCAAAGCAUACAUGCAGAGCAGGCAGACACCUUGCAGUAACCUGUAUGCUACAGUAUCCUGCAUAUCGAUGAAAGUGCACACUAGAAAACCAUGAGAAGCAGAGCUCUUGAUUGACAGAAACUUAGAUGUUCAUUUUUGCUGGGUUAACUAAAUACAGUAUCCCUGAUUAUAAUUGUUGGUUUAGAAGUUGAAAUACCAUUCUUUAUUCUCACUGGCCUCAAAUUCGCUGAUAAUUUUUCCCUAAACUAAUAAGUGGGUAAGUAUAACCUUUGUUGUUACCCACUGGCUGCUCCUAAACUGGUUUCCAGUCAUGUCCUCCAUAAUGUGAUUUUUUUAUAAAUCAAAGGUAAUAUUGUAUAUUGAAGAUCAAAUAAAGAUGUUCUUUAAGUGAAAA